AUGUCAACCCCAGAUGAUAUUGAAUUUAAAGCUGGUAAAGCUCAAUUAGUUGAUAAAACUGUUACAUCAGAUAACAGAAAAGGUUUCUUAAAAUUCAACGUUACAGGUGAUGGUUUAAUUCUUGUUUCAUGGAGACCACGUGACUCAUCAGCAUAUGAAGAUGAAUUUUAUUUUGCACCAGGUGAACUUAAAUUUGUUAAAGUUGAAGCUUGUAAAACUGGUAGAAUGUAUUAUUUAAAUUUUUCAGAUUCAAAUCAUAAAGAAUUUUUCUGGUUACAAGAACCAGAUGCCUCUAAAGAUGCUAAAAUUGAAAAAGCAAUUAAAUUAAUUGAAGAUUUUGUUCCAAUGGAUGAUGAUCAAAUGCCAAUUGACUCAACGCCAGCUCCAAACCAAACCUCUACACAACCAACAGCUCCAACUAAACAACCAGAAACCAAAACCAAUAAUACAGCUACACCAGCACCAUCAUCAACAGGAUAUAUUUCAACACCAAGCCAAUCUGUAAAUAAGUCAAGUGCAACCACAUCAGAAACACCAUCACAAAUACCAAAUAUGGAUUUAUUUAAGGAUAUAUUUUCAAAACUUCCAGCCCAACCAAAACAACCACAAGUUACAUUAGGUAAAAUAAUGACUGCUGAAAAUUUAAUUCCUUUCCUUAGAGACAAUCCAAGUAUCAAACAAGAUUUAUUACAACAUCUUCCAGAAGAAUGUGCUCAAGAUCCAAGCAAGCUAAAUGAAAUUUUAUAUUCUCCACAAUUUCUUCAAUCAUUAGAAACACUCGACUAUGCUAUUUUUGAAGGUCAUGGUGCUGAAAUUAUAUCAUUAUUAGGUUAUGAACCAACUUUAGCUUCCCAAAGAGGUGUCGAAGGUUUUUUAACAAAUAUACAAGAGGAAUGUAAAAAAAAACAAAAAAAAUAA